GAAGGCCCCAAAAUCUUGGAGAGUAAAACACACACACACAAACAUGCAUACUUGGUCUCUGUCUUACUGAUAGGCUCUCUAUUUCACUCACAUACGCUGGGAUGGAUUUGACCUGAGCUGACUGCCCACUUCAACAUAAGUUAACCAGUGCCAGAAUGCCCAUCCUCAAGAAGCUACCCGGCAGGUUAAAAAAUAACCAGGGUAAUGGUGAUCUCCUUCGAAAGAGUAACCAUGCUAAUGGUGAACUCAUCCUUAAAAGUAACCAUAGCAACAGGGAACUCAUUCUGCCACCAUCCGAUCUCAAUCCGUUUGAGGGGGCAUGGGCAGGCAUAGGUUGGAAUAAGGAAGACGGUGGGGUUUGGGAAAACGGACAAGAUUACCAAUCUCAGGUGAGUGAGGUACUGGAGAAUGAGGCAAAUGCAGAGCAGCGUGGAGUGUCGAAGGUCAUCGAAGGAUCCAAAGAAAAGAGAGGAACUUUGGAACGCAUCUGUGGCUCAUCACCGCUGAAGACCCUGGGAAAGUUAGGAAAGGGGCUUCGCAUCACUGGGAGGAAUGUGUGGGGUGGCGCACCUUCACUACGGAGUGCCACUCUCCCGGCAACACCUUCCUCGGACAAGAAGAAAAAAAGGAAUUAUAGAAGAGCCUCAGAGGAGAUCAUGACUUUACUGAGGCUGGCAGGUCGGCGUAAAGAGAGCGAUCGCAGAGACAGUCUGCCUACUGGUGACCUGAGCACUGAAAACGAUGAAGACAAUCGCAGACGUCCCUCGUUCCUCCGUAUGGUCAGUCUGAGCAAGCUUAGACGAGACUCGCUAACAAACCAGAGCUCCGUGGAGUCCGAGCAAGAGCUUGUAGAGGAAGAACAGCCAGUCAAACGCAGGGAGCCACUAUCAGUAUUGGAGAUCUUGCAGCUGGUUAAUCAGCGAGACCUGCUGCUUGCCGACACCCACAUUCAGGAGCUCGAGAGGGAGUGUGAACUUGACCCCUCAUUCAUGACACAAACCACAUCCACUUCAACCACGUCCAGCAAUAUCCCUUCUCCCACAUUGACCUCCUCUCCCUGGUUCCCCCUGCUGGCUUUUACAGGAGGUGAUGAUUCCGGUCCAAGCAUGUGGGACUCCGGAUUACGCAAAGUGAAAGACGUGGAGCUCUUAUACGAGGCCCUUCAGAGAGAGAUGUGGGAUGUGGUGAGGGAAUCGCUACGGCAACCGUGCACCGGACCUCAGCUGGGCCUUGUGGUUCUGGUCAUACAGCAAGAGGAACAAGCUGACAAGGUCUGGGCCAUGCAUCAAGAGGCCCAGUCCAACCUUCAAGCUGAAGUUCAUUCCGAAGACCGUCCUGUCUCGCGUGAGGGCGCGCGUCCAUCUAAGCGACCCAGGAGGAUGCGUCAAAGGUGGGUGGAGGCAGUUGGAGAGGCGGCCGACUGGUGUCUUCCACAGCCGGGGGGCAUCGCUGCAGGUCAGAUGGGCAUGUAUUUGGAGCGUUUGAGGGGCAGGGUGGUGGAAGACAUGGACGCUGCACAUCGCAACGUGGUGGCGGUGUAUCCUGAGGAGUUUGCCGUGUUUCAGGUCUACAUGCAGAGUUAUCACAAGGCUGUUGCCAAACGGCUGAAGAGCAUCACUUGUGGGCCCAUUCAGAUCUCAGAUAUAUACUCGCUGCUGGACUGGAUCUACAACAUUUACAACAGGGACGUCUUGGCUACAGUUGGAGUGAUGGGUACCAUAGUGUGUGAAGCUCUAGAUCCUCUUCUUCCAGAUGAUGUCAUAGAUCGGCUGGAACAGGACUGUGUCGAUACUGUUUGGGAGAAGGUGACUACAGAGCUGUCUCAGGUUUUGGAAGAGGAGGAAAAGCGUUGGUCUCAGAAGUUGCACAUCGAAGAGUAUCAGUGUGGCCUUGCCCGAUCGAUUAUACAGAGGCUAAAAGUAGAUUUGGACAGAUCAACAGCUGUCAGUCAGCCAUUAGGAGCCCGUAUUGCUCGCUGCACCUUGAAUGGACUUGCAGAUUUUCUUCACAGUUUCCAGAGAAAGGUUGAGAUGUUCCACAACACACAGUCAGAGUUUGGGGAUAGUGGGGAUGGUUAUGUCUCCAGGACAAUUGCUCUUGUCAACUGUGUUCCACCAUUCAGGAGUUUUGUGGAGCGCUGUCAUCUGUGUGACACUCUUGGCAGUGAGGACGUCUCUCAGCGAGCUCAUUCCUCUCUAGAGCGAAUUGUCAACCAGUCUGUGCGAGUUCUCGCUGACAUACUGUUUGUACAUUUCAGGCCAUUCUUUGAUAAGCUGGUAAAGAGGAAGUGGCUAGAGAACACAGAGGCCUACGAGAGCAUUGAGACAUCCAUUAAACAGCACUUUAAAAAGUUCCGCAGAAUGGACUGCCCUCCAUAUCAGACAUUGGUUAAUGAGGUGCACAGGCGGGUCCUGGUUGAAUAUGUGCGUGCCAUCAUGAGAGGGCGGAUCAUCUGUACGUCUCUCAAAAUGAGGAAGAGAGUGGCAUUCCGUCUGCAAGACGAAGCCAAACAACUCAAGGCUCUAUUUAAAGAUCUUGAGUCAAAUGCAUCCUGGUUGGACAGUGUGAUCGUUCACCUGGCAGACAUCAUUGUACUUGAAGAUACACCCUCUAUUCAGAUGGAGGUUGGAGUUUUGGUGAAGGAGUUUCCAGAUAUACGGAGGAGACACAUCUCUGCUGUGUUAAACGUCCGCGGGAUGGUGCAUCAGACAGACCGUCAGGAGAUCUUAGCCGUCGUCCGGGACUUCGAAACCAGCGACAUCUCCAUUAAUCUGCCCAGAGAUCGUGCUCUCUUCUCUGAAAUUGCAGUGGCCAAAGAUAUGCCUUGUCUGGGGCUGGUUCUGAUCCGCUGUGCUCUGACUGUGUCAUCGUGGGUCGGCAGUGCCAGACCGCAUCGUAAACACAGCAGAAGGAGCUGGAAAGAGAAGCACGCUGACGGGAUAUCACAGUCAAUGCGCACAAAGCAUUAUAAUGAGCCUUAAAGAUUUUACAGUACAGCAUAACUGCACAGCACAGCAUUCUAUUUAAAUGAUAAACCACAAAUACAACACAACAAAUAAAUAUAUUGUUUGUAUACAACAACAUAAGAAUAAAUUCAUUGCAUUCAUUGUUGACAUCCUGCCAGGAAAAUGAUUAAAUAAAUUGCUUAGUAUGUUCGGACUCAGUCAGCUAGAUGAGUAUGGGCAGAAUCUGUGGACAAGAACAAGAUGAGAAGUAAAAUCACAAUAAUGCCUGUCCUUCAGAACACAGCUGCAGUCAGAUAAACCAGUGGGCACUUCAAAAGACAGGAAAUAGUCAAUAAUUCUCAGGCUUUUAACAGACUGUUAAUAGGCUGCUGUGUACGGAGUAUCUGGAUCUCUGUUGUGUGAACAAACCCAUGAUUGAAGCAGAAGGGCAUCGUACUUUCAAAUACUUUUACAGUUUUGUACGGUGAAGAUGUGCUAAAGCUGAGAAUUAUAGUAGUAACUUGUAUAGGCUGUGCUCAGUGAUAAUAGUCAUGAAAAAAGUAAUGAUCGCUGUUGAUAUCUACCAAAGUUUACGUUGCUUACCAACGUUCCUUUUUCGGUGAGGUAUAUAAAUGGGGAAAUCCAAUCUGUCUGCUGACAUGAUACAAAUGCACAUUUCUAAUUUAUUUCCACAUACUGUUGCUACCUAAAUUUCUAUGUGCUUUUUACAUGCCUACACGUUUGUACUAUUUUUUACUUUUACCACACUGAAGAAAACCAUUCGGAAUUGGGUAACUUGAGCAAUGUAGUGUAAAUGCAAGAAUCUCUUAGCAUAGAAGAGACAUGAAGUGGUGUCAUGGGUACAACAGAACAUAUAACUACAGUUUCAAAUGAUUUAAAUAAGAGCAAAUAUUUACAAAGUUUAAACAUGAUUAGUUUGUGACAUUUUAAACAUGCUAAUUCCUCUUUUUAUGAGUCGCUUUAAAUUCUGAUUAUCUGUUUUUAUGUUUAAUCUGUACAACUCAAACACUGAGAUUACUGAUGAAAAAUUCUGACAAUGUACAUGAAAUUUGUUCAGCUUUUAAAGUAAAUAAGAAAUAAAGACCCAUUGACUGGGGAAUAAAGGAAAACCUA